GGAACUGGGUGACUGUGUCAACAGCUCAGGACCAAAGGCUGCAAGAGGCAAGGUCCACUCACUCUGCCAAGACCAGGGAUGGUGACACUCCUCAGCUGCCAGCCUCUUGCCCUCCGUGCUGAGCCUUGCUGUCAGCGCAGACCUCUGACAUCUCUUCUCUGAGAUAUCCCAAGCACAGGCAUUGGGACCAGGAGUCUCCAUACGGGAGACCAUCCCAGCUGAAUGAGCUUUGGGCGGGCCCAGAGCCUUCCCCCUUCUUCCUGGCGUCUGCCUCCCUCCCAGAGGAACUUAUCCGGUUCCAUGGCCCUCUGCAGGGCCACUCAGCCUGCAGCUGCUGAUCUCUCAGAAGACUGAUCAAGCCAAGCAUGUAGCCACCAGCCAGCAAUAAAUACCACUGGGUGAUACAAGGAAAGUUACUUUUCACCACUGAGCAUCCUAUUUCCUACAUGGUUAAAAGAAGUUUGCAAAGACUAAGACCUUGCGUGCAAACGUGCAUUACAAAAUGGCAAUGGUUGAUACUACUAUUAAGGGCCCAGGGUUAUUUGUGUACUUGGCUCAGAGGAAUAGGUGGAAUUUCAAACUUCUGCUGAAGAAGGAGUGUGGGAGCUGAGAGCUCUACCCAGAAUGCCUCAAAUCAUCGCGGUCAGCCUGCCCCGGAGUCAGGGAUCUGGAAAGGCAUCCCAGAGAGAAGGGAACCCCUGAAACCUGGUGGGGCAAAAAGUCCCUCAGGUUCCCUCUCCCCCCACACCUCCCCUCUUUCCCUCCUGGACCCACUGGUGUGAGACCCGGACUUGCUGGCGCUCAGCCAAGCUUCCUUCCAGCUCCUGCCUGAGCCUGCAGAGGAGAUCCUUCCCUCUACCCCACCAACCGCAUCUCAUGCCUUUACCCAGUUCACAGAGGGGAAAAUGAGGCGAGAGGGAAAGACACCGGGAAAAGCCAGUGAAGGGUCGCGAAAACUCUGGAGUCCAGAUUUCCUUUGUGUGCCGACCCCCGCACUCCCCCUGCUUUUUUGUUGCAGCUUCCCACACGCUAAUCUUUCCGAUUGGGAAGGUGACUCCACUGUGGGCCCCACGCGCGAGUCCCGCGGCACAUCGCCCCUUUAAGGGGCCGGCCUCUCGCCUCCCUGACCUCGCCCCGCCCCCUCCGGGGCUACACUGCGCCUGCGUGGCGAGCCGGAGCCCUGGGGUUGGGCAGCACUCGGUUCCGUGCAACUUUCAAGUGAGUUGCGAACUCCGCCCUGUAGGCCGGUGCUGGUGGCCCGGCGCGCUGGAACCGCGGCGACCCGCUCCAGCGCGGGACCAGCAGCAAGGGCCGAGCGCCAGGUUCUCCGCGGCAGAAAGGGCGGGUGGGAGCUGUAACUGCCCCGGCCGCGGGGCGCGCCCGCUCCCAAGUCGGCUUCCUUCCCGCCGGGGACGCUUUGCCUCGGGUCUCCCCAUUCUCCAGGUCCCCUGAACUGCACAGUCGGAGGCCGUGGGCGGCGGGCUCUGCCUCCGCCGAGGGACAGCCGGAUCGCCCCUCUGCUUCCCGCAACUGCCCUGAUCACCCCCCGUCCCAGCCCUUGAGUGAACGUCCUUCUGAGCGGCUUCCUGGGGUCCUCCCCACGUCCCAAAGGCCGGCAAGAUGGUGUCCUGGAUGAUCUGUCGCCUGGUGGUGCUGGUGUUUGGGAUGCUGUGUCCAGCUUAUGCUUCCUAUAAGGCUGUGAAGACCAAGAACAUUCGUGAAUAUGUGCGGUGGAUGAUGUACUGGAUUGUUUUUGCACUCUUCAUGGCAGCAGAGAUGGUUACAGACAUUUUUAUCUCCUGGUUCCCUUUCUACUAUGAGAUCAAGAUGGCCUUCGUGCUGUGGCUGCUCUCACCCUACACCAAGGGCGCCAGCCUGCUUUACCGCAAGUUUGUCCACCCGUCCCUGUCCCGCCAUGAGAAGGAGAUCGACGCGUACAUCGUGCAGGCCAAGGAGCGCAGCUACGAGACCGUGCUCAGCUUCGGGAAGCGGGGCCUCAACAUUGCCGCCUCCGCUGCUGUGCAGGCUGCCACCAAGAGUCAGGGGGCGCUGGCCGGCAGGCUGCGGAGCUUCUCCAUGCAGGACCUGCGCUCCAUCUCUGACGCGCCUGCCCCUGCCUACCAUGACCCCCUCUACCUGGAGGACCAGGUGUCCCACCGGAGGCCACCCAUUGGGUACAGGGCCGGGGGCCUGCAGGACAGCGACACCGAGGAUGAGUGUUGGUCAGAUACUGAGGCAGUCCCCCGGGCGCCAGCCCGGCCCCGAGAGAAGCCCCUAAUCCGCAGCCAGAGCCUGCGUGUGGUCAAGAGGAAGCCACCGGUGCGGGAGGGCACCUCGCGCUCCCUGAAGGUUCGGACGAGGAAAAAGACUGUGCCCUCAGACGUGGACAGCUAGGGUCUGCUGCAUCUGCCCCCUUCUUACCUCGUGCCCUGCAGGGCUCCAGGGCUAUUUGGAGGGACCUUGGGCUGCACAUCUGGCCUGCCUGCACCAGCUGCCUGGGCCCCGCCCUCCUGACUCCUGCUGAUGGUUAAGGGCCGGGAGCAGAUGCUGCCAACGCCACAUGCAGGGAUGCACCCACAAUGUACCAAAGCAGGCUGGGCCCAGGGUUCUAUUUAUUGCCUUGCUCUGCCCUCUCCCUUCCCCGGUUGUGGGACAAGAGCCCUCCCUGAACCCCUGCAACCCUCCCUGAACCCCUGCAAAUGAAACCAAACGUCCACCUGGGUGUGUUCAUUCCUUCCUGUCCUUCAAAGUACUUGAUAGCCUUUCAUAAGGCCUGGCACAUGUGUCCUGGUUGUGUGUGUGUGUGUUGGUGAGUGAGGUCAGGUUUGCGAAUGUUUUGAUAAAUAAAUACAUAAAGGGG